UGUUGAACUGGAAAAAUAGACUUGUUUCGACUAUGACAAUGCCGUUUAUAACUUCACGGACUUUGAACAUGUAGUUGAACAGCUGAAUAAGCGAUGUGCCUCGUAUUCCGGAAUUAUGACUGUGUCAGUUUCUCUUAUUAUAGUUUUCCUCAUGCUGACAAUGGGUAGAAUUGUAUACAGAUAUAGAUGGAGAAUCCGCUACUUGUUCUACAUAACGAAGAGCAGACUUCAUGGAUACAAGGCAUUAGCAGAGAAGGAGUAUCGAUUUGAUGCAUUUGUGUCUUAUGCAACGGAUGAUUUACCAUUCGUUAAAAAUGAAGUAAUAAAAGAGUUGGAAGAAAACGGCGGGUUCACGCUAUGUCUCCACAGCAGAGAUUUCUUACCUGGUUUUGAAAUUGCAGAAAAUAUUGUUUCUGCUAUCAAUAAGAGCCGGAAAACUAUUGUUAUUUUGUCACCGGAAUAUAUCAAAUCUUACUGGUGUAUGUUUGAGCUCAAUGUAGCAAGGAUGGAGAGCGUUUAUUCACGCGAUAAUGAAAACAUUCUUUUCCUUAUUAUGUACAAAGACAUAGGAACAGGCGAUGUAUAUAUCCCUGCUAUACUAUUGGAUAUCAUCGAAAGGAAAUCUUACAUCGAAUAUCCGAAGGAAGAGUUAGAAAGAGAUUUUUUCUGGAAUAAUGUCCGUGACACUCUCAGCCUUGAAAAUUGA